UGCGCGCUCCCUUAUAGGCAGAUUCAGGUUCUGCACUCACGUUCUUCAAAAGAAGGAAAGGCAAGAUGAAGAGCUCUUUGUUGCUGUCGGUGGCCUUGGCUGUAUCCUUGGGGUUCAUUCUUGUGGCAGGUUAUCCACGGGCAUAUGAGGAUGAGAAUAAGGAGUAUCUGCUGGUCAACAACAAGUGUAAGUGUGUAACAGUGACCUCAAAGUUUGUCCCCUCUAAAGAAAACCCUGAAGAAGAAAUCCUGGAGAGAAACAUACGCAUCAUAGUCCCCCUGAAGAGCCGAGAGAACAUCUCCGACCCCACGUCCCCACUCAGAACCACUUUUGUCUACCGUAUGUCUGACCUAUGCAAAAAAUGCGAUCCCAUAGAAAUUGAGCUAGGUGGUGAGAUAUACAAUGCUCAGCAGAGCACCUCCUGUGAUGGUACGGAAACUUGCUACACCUACAACAGAGAAAAGUGCUAUACCACAACCUUCCCAUUCCUCUACCGCGGGGAGACAAAAACCAUUCGAGCAGCUCUGACACCAGCGUCCUGCUAUGCCGAUUAGCUCAAUCCAUUGCUGUCCUAAUGCCUUGCUGCAUUCUGUUUUCCUAUCACAAAUACAUUUAUGCUAGCAGCAUAGUACCUAGACAACAGUGUCUGAAAUAUCAGCUCUCAGAGUAAUGCAAACUUGUUUCUAUUUGUUUUUAAGCAUAAAAAGAACGCUAUUCCCCAAGAACAGCUGCUGAGUGUCAGAUAUACUGUUCUUACAUUCUUGGCAUAUAUUUGCAACACCAUUUACAUCUCAAACACUAUCAUCCUAUAGACUGAUCCUCAGAAGGUAUAAACCUGUGUAGUUCCAUUGAAAUCAAGGGAACUACACCAGUUUACAGCAACGGAGCAUUGAUUUGGCUUGACAGCCUUCAAUUAGUCCUUAUCUAAGCAAGGCUGUUACAGACAUCAGCAGGAAUGUCUGUGCAUUUGCUCUCCUGAGCAAUCUAAACCAAACCUCUGCACAAGCUGGUAGCAUUAUUAGAAGUCUGGUGUACAAUCAUACUUGAGAGAGAAAAGAUGAGGGGCAAGACUUUGAGAAAUCAUAUUUUCAAAAUAUUUUGUAAAAAAAUAAACCCUAAACCCUUCUCUUGCUUUGGUAAUCACAAACUUCUGGUUUUCACAAACACUUAGAGAAGAUCAAAAGAUGCUGCUGCUCCGAAGCUUUUCACAAAGGUGCCAGGACCUCAGGUGUUCCAGGAAUAGUAAACUCAUCCAGGACACAUUAGGUAUUAAGCUUUCCAUGUUUAUGUACUGAUAAUGAUUCAUUCCUCUGCCCCUGCUCCCAGCUGAAUUGCUGUUUUAAGAAUCAAGUUAGCUUGAGUAUUUUCUUCCUGGUUUUGCAUUCAGAUCUGCAAGAAAUCCCAUGGGGCUGCUCCAAUCACAAGAGCAGGUCCCUAGUUAGGUAUUCAUUUAAUCUGUCACCUCAGUUCUCUCUUCUUCAUAUAAGAAACCCUCAUUGAAUAAAGGAGCUGAUUCCGUGUAGUACAUUACAUUUAUAUGCAUUAUACAUGGUAUUGUCAGUAGACGCAUCACAUAUGCAAGUGCAUUCCCCAGCAUUACAUUUGGGAAAACUGGUAUGUUUUUUCUCACUGUUGUUAAAAGUUGAUUGUAAAACUUUAAGCUGUUCUGAGAAGCCCUUAUUGGGCUUGACACAUUACUGCAGUAACAAUAGAGCAAAACCCUGAUGCCCAUAAUUUGAGCUUUGUUAGUGAAAUAUUAAAUAUUUUUCUGCAGCA